AAAGAACCCUGCCUAGAAAAAAAAUGGAGUACUCUAAUGGAUUCCCUAGAAAAAGAGAUGUUUCUCUUCAGGAACUUAGCAAAAGGCUUGAUGAGUUUGCUAAAGUAAAAGGAUGGGAUCAAUAUCAUAGUCCCAGAAAUCUUCUUUUAGCUCUUGUGGGAGAGCUUUCUGAGAUCUUACAGUGGAAAGGAGAGGUUGCAAAGGGAUUGCCCAAUUGGAGUUCUGAUGAUAAGGAGCACUUAGAGGAAGAGCUUUCAGAUGUUUUGCUUUAUUUAGUGCAUCUUGCUGAUGUUUGUGGGCUAGAUCUUGGACAAGCUGCUCUGACUAAAAUAGUGAAGAAUGCUCAUAAAUACCCAGUUACUAGUACUAAUUACACCAACAAUUCCACUUACAACUAGCAAUUAAGCUGUUAAUUUCUCAGUCUUUUUCUUCAUGUACUAGUAUGCUUUAAUUUAGUGCUACCUACCCGAAAAAAUAAUUGCAUCUA